AUGUAUGCGGAGCCCCAAGCCCGGAGACCUUCCACGACAUAUGCUCCGGACUUUGACCAGAGUCGAGGCUCUCCUGCCAUACCCAACACUCGUCCUGCCUCCCAAUACUCGGCCGCAUAUCCCCAACAAGCCCGACAAUCGACGUACAAUCAAUAUGAAGACUACGAGGGCGAUGGGGAUGCGGACGACUUUUACCGCCCGCAGUCGCAAUACGAGCAGCCAUACGCGGCCAGGUCAGUCGCCACCCAGUCCAUCCGCGCCCCAUCUCCCCCUCCGGCCGUGCUCGACCACUCCCACCUACGGCCCGGGAACCAGGCCGCGCUGCUCUCGCACGAGCGCACGCUCGAGCUCUACCGCGCGAACGCGAAGAAGACGCAGGACCCGGACCUCCAGUUCGAGUUCGCGGUGUUCAUGGUCGACGCCUCGAAGACGAUGCCGAUCCCCGCGCCCACGCCGGGGAACGUGAUGGACGUCGAGAAGGCGAUCGCGAAGCGCGACGGGCUCGUGCACGAGGCCACCGGGCUCCUCAAGCGCCUCGCCGACCGCGGGCACAUGCCGUCCCAGUACUUCCUCGCCGACUGCUACGCGAACGGGAUCGGGACGAACAAGGGCCGGCAGGACUUUGACCGCGCCUUCCCCCUCUUCGUCCUCGCCGCCAAGCACGGCCACCCCGACGCCGCCUACCGCGCCGGGACGUGCUGCGAGAACGGCUGGGGGUGCCGCCGCGAGUCCGCCAAGGCCGUCCAGUUCUACAAGAAGGCGGCUGCCGCGAGGCAUCCUGGUGCGCUCUACCGGCUCGGGAUCGCGGAACUCAAUGGGGAGCUGGGGCUUGCGAAGAGCCCGAGGGAGGGUGUCAAGUACCUGAAGCGGUCGGCCGAGGCAGCGACGGCCGAGUUCCCACAUGCGCUGCACGAGCUGGCGUUGCUGCACGCGCGUGGGAUCGACAACGUCCUGUUCGUCGACAACGAGUACGCGGCGGAGCUCCUGGCGCAGGCGGCGGAACUCGGGUACGCUCCGAGUGCAUACCGGCUGGGGGAAUGCUACGAGUACGGGAAGAUGGGGUGCCCACAGGAUCCCGCGCUGUCUAUCCACUACUACAACAUCGCCGCGCAGCAGAAUCACCGCGACGCGUGCUUUGCGCUCACCGCGUACUACCUCGUCGGCUCGGCAGGGGUGCUCCCGCAAUCGGACACGGAGGCGUAUCUCUGGGCACGCAAGGCCGCGGAGGAAGGGCUCACGAAGGCGAUGUAUGCGGUCGGGUACUUCCUCGAGGUUGGGAUCGGCACCGAGCCAAAUAUGCAAGAAGCGAUCUCGUGGUACAAGCGCGCGGCAGACCUGGGCGACAAGCGUGCAGCCCAGCGGCUGAAGGGCCCGCAGAACACCGCGAUGGUCGCACCAGGAGGACCGGGCUCGGUGUUGCACCGCGAGGGCGACGCGUCCGAACUGUCCUCCGGGAAGGGCGGCAAGGACAAGGACUGCGUCAUCAUGUGA